AUGGUUUAUCGACUUGCUUCUUGGAUUGUUUUCCUUCAUCUACUUCUUUUCAUGUUCUCCCAUGGAAGUUGCCAAUCCAACAAGCUGGAUCCAAGGGUUUUGACCAUAGAUCAAUCGGACAAUCCCGUUAAUAUUGAAAUGGUAGUACAUCGCGAUCACCACCACAAUCAACACGGCCAUCCAAUGACUCAUAUGAAUCAUCAUCAUUACAUGAUGGAUGAUCCAUUGGUAGUAGUGUUUUUCACUUUUGAUGAUCUUAUGGUUGGGAACACAAUUCCAAUCCACUUUCCUAAAAGGGACCCUUCUUCCUCUCCUCAUUUCUUGCCAAGAAAUGAGGCCGAAUCUCUCCCUUUCUCGUCUCAAGAACUUCCUUCCCUCCUUAGAUACUUCUCUUUCUCUCAACAAUCUCCACAAGCCGUAGCCAUGGAAGAAACCCUUAAAGACUGCGAAAGAAACCCCGCCAUGGGUGAGACCAAGUUAUGUGUCACCUCUUUGGAGUCCAUGCUUGAAUUCGCAAGUGGUGUCCUAGGAAUGGAUGUCUCGGACAUCCAAUCCAUAUCCACCAUUCAUCUAACGAAAUCAAACAUCCUUUUCCAAAACUUCACUAUCAUGGAUUUCACUGAGUACUACGCUGCUUCAAAAAUUGUGCCUUGUCAUUCCAUGCCUUACCCUUUUGCGGUGUUCUAUUGUCAUUAUCAAGAGGGCGAAAAUAGGGUGUUUAAGGUCUUGUUGAAGGGUGAAAAUGGAGAUAGAGUGGAGGCUGUUGCGGUUUGCCACUUGGACACUUCCAAAUGGAGCCAAAGCCAUGUGGCAUUUCAGGUGUUAGGAACCGAGCCUGGUUCUUCAUCGGUGUGUCAUUUCUUCCCUGAUGAUCAUCUUGUUUGGAUUCCAUCUACAGUACCAGCUUUGAUUUGA